AUGAUUCAUGCUUUGAACGAAGCAUUAUCGAAAUUAUGGAAUGUAACUGAAAUUGAAGUGCCUAAUUUAUUGAAUAUUGAGAAGAACUUAUGCAUGGUAGAUGGACUUUUGAAGCCAUUUUUAGAACAAAAUGGUGAAAGUUUUGGCGGAUCUUAUAUAAAUGUAAAAAGUAAUAAAAUAAUCAUCAGGAUAGUAGAUGAAACAAAGAAGGAUAUUAUAUUAAAUUCACCUGAUAUACAACCACAUAGAGAAUUAUUAAUCUUUGAACCAGCACUAAAUUCUCUAUCAUCCUUAAAAAACUCGCUAUUGGAAAUAGUCGCAAAAUCGCGUACGCAUCGUCCAUUUGAUGUAUUAGGGUACAUUGACAUUGAAGAAAAUAACGUUAUCUUAUUUCUAGCUCAUAUAGCCGAUAGAAGUAAUAGAUCGUCUAUCAAUGCACGUAAUAAAUCGUUUAUAGACGCUAUCAUACAAUAUAAUCCUGUUAUACAUUAUUACGAUGUGAACGUGCAAGAGCAACCUUCCAGAAAACGACCUCGUAAUUCGACUGACACCAAGCGUGAUAUAAGUCAACAACUAAUAAAUGGGGAUGCUAUAUAUAAUACAGGUAAAGGUUCUAGAUGUACAGCGGGUUUUUGGGUAAUAGAUGAAGAUGAAAAUGAUUAUAUUGUAACUGCAGGACAUUGUAUUGAUCCUAGAAAUAGAACUCCUAAUCAUAAUACUUUUUUUAUGAAGCCGUUGAAUUCUUCUGAUAGAUUGUCAUCUAAUAAAGAAGAUGCAGUUGGCCCAAUGGGUUAUUCUUUUCAUCUUAAUGAUGUUAUCGAUGAUAUGAUUGUUACAAAUUUUUUUGGGGCUAAAGUUGAUAGUGGUGGUCCUGUUUUCUAUUUAAGGGAUUUACCUUAUGUGAGUCUACAUGGCAUUAUCUCAAGUGGUUUUAAUUCUAGAGAAUGGGGACCUUUUAAUUUUAUUGUAAAAGCAGAUUAUAUUAUUGGUGCAGCUGAUAGGACUAUUGAAUUGUAA